AUGCCGACGACGACGACCGCCGAGCGCGCGCGCGUCGCCUUCGCCGAGCUCGGCAUCCACCUCUCGUCGUCGUGGCUCGACGCGUGCGCGACGCACCUCUCGUCGUCGGUCCCCGGCUUCGAUCGCAAGUCGCCGAGGGAGAGCACGGACGAGAUGUACCUCCAGUUCUUGCGCGCGGACAUGAACGUCGCGGGAUCGGGCGUCCUCCCGAGCUCGCUCUCGACGCUCCGCGACGGCGCGGUCGUCGAGGGGCGCGUCGUCCUUCAGAUCGACGAGAUCGUGAACGUCACCGCGUCGUUCAACGAUCGGUACGUCGAUAAGCGCGCGGGGGGCGACCGGACGCUGAAGCUGAUGCUCACGGACGGGAAGCAGCGCGUCGUCGCGUGGGAGUAUCGCCCGAUACGCGCGCUCGGGGUGCUGACGGAGGCGGGAUGCAAGGUGGCGGUGACGGACGCGGAGGUGAGAGGCGGCGAGCUGUUUCUCACGGAGGAGAGCGCGGCUAUCCUCGGAGGGGGGGUGGACGCGCUGGAGGCGCGGAGAAGGCGCGCGGUGGAGGCGUGGGCGCGGCCGAACCGACCGGCCGCCGCCGGCGGCGCGCGGGUGGGGAGGGAGGAAGCCGUCAGGAGGGCGGCGGCGGGGGAAGCGGGCGCGAACGGCGCGGCGGCGGCGGCGGCGGCGGCCGCGCCGCCGCCCGCGGCGCCCGCGCGAGAGCCGCCCGCGCCGGCGCGACCUCCGGUCGCAGCCGCGCGUCCAUCGCCGCCGCCGGUCGCGAGAGCGCGCGAGCCCGCGCCGAUGGUCGACCUGACGAACGACCAGGAGACGAUGACGCACGCGGUCGCCGCGCCGCCGCCCGCCGCCGCCGCCGCCGUCGCCGCCGCGAAGAGAAAGCGGACCGUGAAGAUAGACGACACCAGCGACGACGACACGCCGGCGAAGCCGGACGCGGCGUCACCGGUCGUCGCGCGGUCGUCGCAGAGGUUGCGCCGGGCGUCGGCGUCGGCGUCGGCGUCGCAUCAGCAGCAGCAGCAGCAGAGAUCGAAAGAGGAGGCGGCGGCGGCGGCGGCGGCGGCGACAGCGGCGGCGCCCGCGGCGACGACGUGCAAGUCCCCGGGAUGGGCGAUGGGCGUCGUCAAGAGCAAACCGUUCGCGUACCUCGCCGCGAUCGCCGCGCUCAGGACCGCGCGCGGGGCGAAGCCCCACGCCGCGGCGACGAAGAAGGAAAACGUCGUCUUCUACGGCUGGAUGGCGAAGGUCGGGACGCUCGCGCUGCGCCGCGAAGAGGAAAGAAGUAACGCGUGGACGUUGAGCGUUAAAGCCGUUUUCGAGGACGGCACCGGCGCGGUCGUCGUCGACGUCCCGACCGCGGUCAUCGCGCGGGUCACGGGCGGGGAGUUAACCCCGGACGCGUACGCGGCCGCGUCGAUCGAACGCCGAAAAGCGAUGGCGGCGCGCGCGCUGACGUUUUUUCACGCGUUUCAUGGAAAGAUAUCCAUGGCCGUGAGCGUCUACGACGACGAUGCGCCGCCGCGCGUGAACAAGAUGUUCGGGCCGGAGGACACGUGCGACGCGAUGGACGUGAAGAAGCUAGGGAUGCGGUACGAGAAGAUGCGCGCGAAGUUUAAGGUCACCGGCGGCGGGGCGUCUCAGUGA